AUGAAAGGCAGACAGAACAAAGUGAACAAUAACUCCUUACAAAAUCAAAUCUUCCUCAAGAUCGGAAGUCAGAUCAACUGCAACUUCACUCCAUUCAUUAUGUUUAUAUUCGGUGGGCCAGGAUCAAAUAAAGGACUCAUAGUCAACAAUUUGGUCAGCUGCUUCGAUUUUAACUACAUCUCCAGUGAAGAGACAUUUCUGGACGCUGAAAGUGAAAAAUUUGUUGAGUCAGCCGACAAUUUUUUAAUUGCUGAUUGGCUGAUGUCCAAAUUGAAGGAAGAAAUAAUGAAAGACAGAAGCCUUCGAUACUUGGUCGAUCUUGUUCCAAAUAAGAAACCCUACUUGAGUAAUCAACUGAAGAGGAAGGAAUUUGUCAACUAUUUGUUUGAUUUUGAAUUAGAAUUACCGAUAAGUUGUGGCUUAAACUUAUCGGUUCACAAUGAAAAUGUUACAACAAAAAAGAAGGCAACAAAAACCCAUUCAACAUCGGGUAACAAAGGAGAUGAGGCUGAUAUUCUACGGAUGCAGAAGCGAUCAGCUCAAUACGAACAGGGUGUGAAGAAUAUGGUGGAAUAUUUUGACACCUUGAACAAACUCAUCACAAUGGACGUUCCCUGGACUUCACGCAACUUGGCGGACGUCUGGACCAAACUGCACGACAUCCUCUGCCAGUUCAACAUACAACCAAAAAAGAGUGUCGAUUCAGUGUUCAUUUUCACAUUAGGCGAUCAAAUAACGCCAGAAAAUAAUUUGAUGAAGUCACAGCUGAUCGAUCUCUCUGCAGACGUUACCAACGACACCACCAUUGAUAGCUGGCUAGAAGCUGUUAUAAAAAGAGUCGAUACAAGUUUCAAUUCCAGUGGUAUUUUCAUCAUAAACAUUCCUGCCACAAUUUAUGAUCACAGAAGAUACAAAAUAGUUGAAAAUUUGAAGCCUAAAAAUGUCUGCUUCAGAGAAUCGAAUGCCCUACACGGCCUGCUGCACAACAUUCUUCCCAACUUCACCUACAAAGCUGUCACAACGCUGGAAAACGAAACUUGGGUUUUUCCCCUUCGCUUGGACAACAAAUUUUGCUCACAUAUCACUAAUAAAUUAACAUCAAUAAGAAAGUGUUCUUCGUCUUAA